CUUAUACUCAGCCUGCAAGCACCAACCAGUAACAAGGCCACCAAAAGAAAUUUUCAUUAUCUCUUGUCCAUGGCCAAUCCUGUCUCUCUCCCUCUGUUUCAAAAAGUUUUUAUUAAAAACACUACCCAAAGAGCUGUAGAUGUGACUAUCUUGUUGCUUCUCCUUUGUCUCCUCACUUAUCGUCUCCUCACUCUCAAGGAUAACGGGCUUGCUUGGUUUCUUGCUUUCUUAUGCGAGUCAUGGUUCACUUUCAACUGGGUUCUCGUUAUUUGCUCUAGAUGGACUCCUAUGCUAUACCAAACAUACCCAGAACGCCUCCAGCAACAGGUAAAAGAACUUCCUCCAGUGGACAUGUUUGUGACAACUGCUGAUCCUGUGCUGGAACAACCUAUCCUCACCGUAAACACUGUGCUAUCUUUGUUGGCAGUCGAUUAUCCAGCUAACAAACUAGCUUGCUAUGUUUCGGAUGAUGCCUGCUCACCUCUUAUCUUCUACUCUCUUGUUGAAGCAUCUAAAUUCGCAAACCUUUGGGUACCAUUUUGUAAGAAGUAUAACGUUCAAGUUAGAGCUCCCUUUAGAUGCUUCUUGGAUGAUCGGUCUGUACCGUCCAGUGCUAAUUCUGGGGAAUUCCAGCAAGAAUGGAAAAAGAUGAAGGAUGAGUACGAGCAACUUUGCAGAAAGAUUGAAAAUGCAACGCAACAGCCUUUUCCCUUUGGUCUAACUGGUGAGUUAGUUGUUUUUUCCAAUACAGAGCUCCGAAACCAUCCAGAAAUAGUCAAGGUCCUAUGGGAGAACAAGGAGGGUCUUCCAGAUGCGGUGCCACAUUUAAUUUACAUAUCCAGGGAGAAGCGGCCAGAACAUCAACAUCAUUACAAAGCAGGAGCUAUGAAUGUGCUUACUAGAGUCUCUGGGUCGAUGACAAACGCUCCAUUCAUGCUUAAUGUGGACUGCGACAUGUUUGUCAACAACGCACAGAUUUUCCGUCAGGCAAUGUGUCUCCUGCUGGGUUCCAAGAAUGAAAGAGACUGCGGAUUUGUUCAGUCUCCGCAAUUAUUUUAUGACAGACCCGAACAACUACUGAUUUUGCAUGAAUAUGUGGGCAAAGGAAUAGUGGGAAUUCAAGGAGCUUUUUAUCAAGGUACAGGAUGUUUUCAUAGACGAAAAGUUAUCUACGGUCUACGGCCGGAUGAGGUAGAAGUUCAAGGAAGAGAUGUUUACUCAGAUGAGAAUGAAUUACAAAGGGAUUUUGGAAUCUCAAGGGAAUUCAUGAAAUCAGCUGCUCAUGCUUUGAAAGGGAAGACAGAUUAUUAUCCUAGCAACCUAUGGGAAUCUCUUGAGGCAGCUCACCAGGUUGCAGGUUGUGGCUAUGAGUACGGCACUAGCUGGGGUAUAAAGUUUGGGUGGAUGUAUGGAUCCACUACAGAAGAUAUCUUAACAGGGUUGACCAUCCACAAUAGAGGCUGGAGAACAGGGUAUUGCUCACCUGACCCUCCAGCCUUUCUAGGGUGUGCACCACCUGGUGGGCCGGCAACGAUGACCCAACAAAAGAGGUGGGCCACUGGACUGCUUGAGAUUCUAUUCAGCAAACACAACCCCAUUUUUGGUACCCUCAAAGGCAAGCUCCAAUUUAGGCAGUGCUUGGCGUAUUUGUGGAUCUUUCUUUGGGGAUUACGCUCAAUUCCUGAGCUGUGCUACGCUCUUCUACCAGCUUAUUGCCUCAUUACCAACUCCAAUUUCUUACCCAGUAUCCAGGAACCAGGCAUAUAUAUUUUUGUUGCCUCCUUUGUGAGCUACAACCUGUAUACUCUAUCAGAGAUCAUCCGAACUGGUUUCUCAAUUAAGGCAUGGUGGAUUACCCAAUGCAUGGCAAGAAUUAUCACAUUGAGUGCAUGGUUAUUUGGAGUAAUAAAUGCGGUACUGAAGCUCCUAAGAUUAUUAGAGACAGAAUUUGAAGUUACACGAAAAGGCCAAUCAACUUCUGGUGAUGGUGGGGACGAUGAUGAUGGUCAAUUUGUCUUUGAUGAGUCACCGGUUUUUGUACCAAUCACGGUGGUUGUAAUGGUGCACCUGACCGCAUUGGCUAUCAGCUUGUUUAGGUUACUACCACAAUCAAGCGGGCAAGGGUCAGGGCUUGGGGAGUUGUUCGGCAGUGUGUUUGUGUUGGUAUCCUUCUGGCCAUUUGUGCAAGGUCUGUUCAGGAAAGGAAAAUAUGGGAUUCCCUUAUUCACUAUAUUCAAAUCUGCUGCUUUGGCUUUACUUUUUAUACAUUUAUGUAAAGAGGUUCAGAAUAUCUGUGUUAUUGUUGACAUGAAAUAGUAAAUCUUCAUUGUUGUUAUUUGUUCAUCAAAUAAUGGUGAAAAAGAUAUUUUGAUUUAA